AUGCUUAUUGUUGACUCUUCCUUUUAUGAUGUUAAUCGGGAUUUGAAAACUAUUUGUGUCUAUUAUGGUCAAAGACAGGGUUGUGAGAAGAUGAACCCAGAGCACAACUUGGGAUUAUCUGCUACCGAUAUACUACUCUAUGAUCCUACUCAUUUUCAGAAGAUAGAGAAGGCGAAUUCUGCUUUGUUUUAUGGUGACUAUCUAUCUAAGCUAGGUUUUCCCUUUAGUGAUGUAAAGCAAUUACGGGAUUUGGUUGAUUGUGAUGGUGAUGGCGGGACGUCGACAGGUGCUGGAGGUGGUGGUGGAGCUUGA